CUCAACAACUCCGCAAGAAUGCAAAGAUCUUGAUGAGUCAACCCUACAUGACUCUGAAAAUAACAUCAGUUAUCAUAAGAAGAAAGUGAAAGAAGCCAUUAAUGUUGACCAAACUGUCGGGGAUGGUUCUUACGAUUUUACUCAUAUUUUUUACUCUGAGAAAGAAAGCGCAACAACCUCCCAAGCAUAUAACGAUGUUGAUGAAUCAGUCCUAUAUGAUGAUUCUGUGGUUCCUAGCUCCGACAACUCUGAGAGUGAAUCUGCCUCAACAACUUCGCAAGAAUGCAAAGAUCUUGAUGAGUCAACCUAAGUAACGAGGAGAGUUAUACGUUUGAGAGUUUAAAAAAAAUCACUAUUCAGAAGUACGAAAAACUCCAUAAAUAUUACCAGGAAAAUCGCCCCUCUUUAAAAUAUAAAGUUGUUGUCGUAUACACCGACACGAAAGGCGAUUUUAAAGUACUAAACUGUAGUUCUAACCGUGAAGCCAACGGCGCAGCUUAUUCAUUGGAAGAUAUAUCAAAAGACCCAUUUCCAGUUGUCUGUAUUAAAAACAAUGAUAAAAGUACAGCUGUAUCAUUAAAGCAAAUGAAAGAGAGCUGUUCUACUAAAGUUGGUCAAAAGGAAACCCCGUCUAUGCGUGGUACACUGCAUAACGUACGUAGUGAAGAACAAGGGGGAUUUCCCUUGUCGUUUAAACUUGAUACUGGUGCAGAUUCCGGCUCUGUUGGUUACAACUAUCAGAUCAUCAAAAACUUUAUAUUAACUGUUGCGCGGACUAUUAACGCCGAACCUGAACCAGCAAUUUUAUGCAAAGUCGAAUCUGAUACAAUUGCCAGAGGUGGUGUCCAAGUAUUUGAUAUAGAUGAAGAUCCCGACUGGAAUGCGAUUGGACUUUCCACUCUUCAGAAUUACGGAAUUUUUUUAAAUUUUAAAAGUGGCAGGGUUGUAAUUGGAAAACACGAUGACGUAACUGUAGACGACUCUGAAAAAGAAGUCCGAGUCACAUUCAAGAAAGCAUGACGUCUUCUGGUAUCUCAAAUUAUUCUAAAGUAAAUUUUUGAGUCUAUAGCAGGGCUGUUUUUUAAAACCGCUUUAAAAAUGGCUUACUCACAAAAAUGGAAGGUUUAAUUAAACCGUUAUUUAUUUAUCAGACUAUCAGACAAUUAUGAACUGUCUGUGCCAGUGUAGGUAGUGUGACCGUAUAGUACCAAUAUAAAUAACAAGUUUUCUUUGGUAGGGAUGCUGCAACCACCUAAAAAUAUAAGAAUUUCGACGUUUGGAGCGAAGGCCAUUCGUCUUCAGUAACUCCAGACAAAUGCAUGGCCUUCGCUCGAAACGUCGAAAUUCUCCUUAUACAGACAAUGCAUAAAAUCCAGUCAUGCCUAAAAUCAGUCGUGAGUUUGAAAAAUUAUGCGUGAAAGGCUACUAUGGCAAAAAGUCCAACUUUGAUGUUAUCAAUUUGAUGGACUUGAUGUACAUCAAAUUGAUAGUUCAUAAAACAGCUUUCAAAUUUGCACCCCAUGAAUUCAAAUUGCGCAAGCCAUUUUACAGUCUCGUUUAAAGUGGUUUAGAAAAACAGCCUUGCCGCACUCGAAAAUGUAAUUUUCCGGCGAAUUUGCUGGUAGAAAUCCCAGAAGACCCCCAAACUACCCAUGCUAACAUAAAGUUGUCACAUAUUUUGCGGAAUUUUCACUUUAGUGCACGUUUUAUAACUGUGCACUUAUUUUUUAUACAUAUAAUAAUUUUAUUCUUAAGUCACUCUCUGUAAAGUUACACAUGCACAAUUCCGGUUUUACUGCAAUAAAUCAGAUAAAGCUCAUGCACGUUUUUAGGGGCGGACUAUAUGGGGGGAGGGGGGGGGGGGAUUUCAGUUUGCAUGAAUGGACAACGAAAUUUUAAUCUAAGUAAAAAGAAGGGAAUCGAACACCACAGCUAAAAGGAACAUAAUGAAAUUUUAACAAAUUUUACUAAUUUCGGAUAAGUUCUUUACGGGAAUCUACUUUUUUGCCUAGAUCAAAAAUUAAUCUAACAU